UGUAGGCCUAUACAAUUUUUCCAACGAUUACAAUAUAUUUAUUCUUAAAAUAAUACCUCCACCUUGUGGAUACACAUAGGAAGUUUAACUAGGCUACUUUUUCCCCAGCUCUGUACGUGUUUUUUUGUUUGUUUGUUUUAUUUUUCUGAAAUAAGCCUAUAACAAAUCAUUUUCUACAGACGUCUCACAUGUUGUCAGUUUCUUUCAUUUUCAUAGUCAUUUGUUGAGAAGGCCACGAUAAGCCUAAAGGAAAUAUAUCACAAAUUAUAUUGUCCUCGUGUGGACGCAAAUUAGGAUACUUCUUGGAAGUUAUGGUAGAGGGCGCUACAACUAAAAGGAAACAGUUUUGUGAAAGAUCCUACACACAAACUUUAUGGUACUCGAGCAAGUCAUUCGUCUGUCAUCACAAGUAUCCAAAACAGUAGCUAGCUUGCUAGCCCGGAUCGUGUGUCCUUCGUGACAUGAAUCGCAAAAGAAGCCACGGAUUCACCGAAUCAAGUUCUUCUUCCACUUCGCACAACACUUUCAUGGAUAUGACAGGAUCUGCCCCUCGAGUCGAGGAGGAUUUCUCCGAUUAUGAGGCCGACGAAGAGUUGCUGUGCUCGGUGAGCGAGAUCACGGAGCAUCUUGGCAGAAACAUCACAGUGGUUCUUGAGACGGCAUUGUCGGAAAUCCGAAAAAUGGUGAGUGUUAGGAUCCGGGUUCUCAAAAUGGAACUUCGAGAGAAAACAGACGAGAUUGAGAUGCUGAAAGAAAGACUUGAGAACGUAGAGAUAGAUGGGAGAGAUGCUUUUCCCAGUUCCAUAACAACAGAGUCUGUUGCGACUAACAUUACCAGGAAAUCGGACUACAGUUCGGGCACCAAAUGUAUCAACGACCCAAAGAAAGCCAAGCCGGUUGUCACGGGAGUCAAAAAGGAAAAUAUUAAUGCGAUAUGUGACUACCUAAUGAAGGAUAAAAAUUCGAGGAACGGUGCCGAAACCGACAUUGAUCAGAACAAUGCGCCCACGUCCGGUUGCGAUAGGGAGGUUCGUCACGACUCCCAGCAGGUUUCGCUUCAUCCAUGGACGGACAGCGGAAUAAGCAGUGGAGGCCCUGGAGAUGGGGAGACGGAUUCGGCAUCUGAGGACAUCUUCAACAUGUUGCCUUCGGGCAGUAAACGGAUUUACGAAUACGAAUGGAUAACAGGAGAAGACUACCCGGCGGACAUCAAAAGUUUCGGUGAUGGUAAGUAUGAUGGCGACUCCCCAACAGAGGAGUUAAAGGAAGAGCACGAUGAUGCGGCCAAUGACACCUCACACGCGCACACACCUGAGUUUGCGCCUGACGCAAAAGGCUCAUCCACAGAGGGAGGAAGUCCACUGGGCGACCAAAUGAACCCAAGUCAGCAGUUCGCAUCUCAGUCCUACAUAUGUUCUUUCUGUGGAACCCUGUGUCCUGAUGCAUUGUUUCUAGAGGAGCACUUAAAACUGAUGCACCACAACGAAACGGCCCAAACACUGCACCUCAACUCUGGCGGCUCCUCUUCCCGGGCCGAGGGCGGCAGCAACAGUAGCGACCCUAUGCGGCAGGGGUCAUCAGGUCACGUUGAGGGUGUUGUUGGGGUUGGGGCUGGGCUCCGCCCGGGGGGGCCCCGUGAGCGGAAAGUGGACGGAGGCUUCGAAUGUGGCGACUGCGGCCGUCAUUUCAACUACCUGGGCAACCUGCGGCAGCACCUGCGCAUCCACACGGGAGAGAAGCCCUUCGUCUGCCCAGAGUGUGGGGAGCGCUUCCGGCACGCUGCCCGACUCAAGAGCCACCGGCUGGGCCACAGCGGAGCCCAGAGCCCCUUUCCCUGCCCCCAGUGUGGGAAAGGCUUCCCAGUGCUGUCCGGCCUUAAAAGACACCUACGGGUCCACACGGGCGAGAGCCCCUACGCCUGCCCACAGUGCGGGCGACGCUUUAAGGAGCUGGGCAACCUCUACACGCAUCAGCGCAUCCACAGCGGUGCCACCCCUUACUGCUGCCAGCAGUGUGGCCGCAGCUUCCGCCACCUGGGCACCUACAAAAGCCACCGCUGCACGCCCGGGCACCUCGGUGCCCUCUCGGGGGGUCACGACGCACCCCCGACUGGCGACAUGCUGUGGCAGAGCGGGCACGGUCUCAGGGACGGCAGCAGCAGCCCCCCCGCCCUCAAUCAGGACGAUAAGACUGGCAAGGACGAGCAGGCAGCCGGCGAGUUCUGAAGGUAGAUUGAUGCCCAGGGUGGGUCAAACCUCUACUCUGACCUUGGGACAGUUUUGUGUUGUUCAGGUUAGAGAGGUUGAAGGGGUGUGCUCCCUGAGCAUGGGGCUGAUCCUAGGUUGUGUAUUUGGAGUGAAACACCACCCUUCUCUGAGUUUAUCUCUUCUUAAAGUGGACAUAAGCAUGCCUUUUUUUUCUUUUCUUUUUUUUUCCCCAUUACACGUUAUUUACCCGCAAUUAUUUGUUUUACUUUCUUUUGGUCAGCUUUAAGGAGAGUGGAGCUUUAAGGAUCUGAUUUAUUUCAGUGUGGCACAGUUAGAUUGGCCGUCAAAAGAGAAUAGUUGAGGUACUGUGUGCUAAGAGAGAAGGCCCAAGGUGUUUAACUAGAUAUUGAAGAUUUUUCUAGUCACCAAUGAAUGAAUGUGAUGCGUUCUGUGUGCAUGAGACAUAGGGUCGACAUUUCCCUCAAGCUUUAAGGUGCUGCUAUCUUUGCGUUGUGGAUCGUGCUGUGUGGAUAAGCUCCCCUACUGUGUGAUUGUUUUUUUUUUACAUUUUUUGUUCAAUCACAAAGUUUUUCUUUUUCUAUUCUAUGCACGUAUGUUUUCAGUUUGACUCACACCCUGUAACGCCCAAAAUGGCCACUCUGAGAGGUCCUCUACAUUUUCUCACCAGUGUUGUCUCCUGGAUCCAACACUAAUGCAAGUGGCCUUGCCAGAACUGAGGAGAGAUUGAAGAGACUGCUGCCACCUUGUGGACACACAUUGCUACUGCAUUGUUUUGAGCUUUUGGUGGCUCAGUGAAUAGCUCUAAUGUUGGACUCAGUUAACUCAUAUGUUGUUUUUAUGCUUCCAGAUAAGCAGUUAUAUGUUGAUAUUAUUAUAUUCAAUUUUUUUUAGUGUUUUUAAUAAGUCAUUACUGUCUUACAGUGACGUGUUUUUACUGAAAAUGUAGAAUAAUGAUUAUAAUCUGUGAGACAUUUUCUCUAGAAAUGAAUGAAUGGGUUCCUUUCAGAUACAAAAACGUUUCAAAUGUUGACAGUAUAAUAACAAAGUACAGCAGAAAAACUUCCAGUCUUUACUUUCCUCAAGGAUCACUUUGUCUAAGGCAAAAAAGCCUAAAGAAUAUACCAGAAUAUUGUGUGUGUAUAACUGUGAAUAUCUACAGCACGGCGGUUGUUUGGUGCCACAGUUGUAUGAUUCAAUUAAAUUCCGUUUUAUUUAUUGAUAUGAUGUACUAUGUACCACAAUGUACUAUGUACUAUGAUGUAUUUCAUAUUGAUUGGUUGAUGUGGAACUGCUAAUUAUUGCCAAAAUAACCAACACCCUAAUAAAUCCUCAUAUGUAGUGCUGAAAUCUUUAAAUCUGGCAAUGUCCUGAAA